AUGGCGUUGCUAGCUCUGUAUGAACCCCGGGGGCGUUUAGCGGAAGUUCUACAACUGGUGGCUUUUGUGUUAUGGAGAAUUUGGAAGUGUCGAAAUGCCUUGGUCUUCACUGGGGUCUUGGUACAACCCUGUGAUGCGGUGGCCUUGUUGUUGAAACAGGUGGAUGAGUUCACUGAGGUGCAAGCGGCGGGGCAAACACAACUGCAACAGCGGGGUGUGCCUCCUGGAUCUGUUGGUGAGGCUGGUUCUGUCUGGUCUUGCCCUCCUCCGGGUUUCGUCAAGCUUAAUUGCGAUGGGGCAUGGGUGGCUCAAACAGGAAGAGGAGGGGUGGGGUGGGUGCUCAGGGAUGGCACAGGCUGUUUUAUUAGUGCGGGAGGCUCUGGGGACAUGCGCUGUGUCUCUGCACUAAUGGCGGAGGCAGAGGCGGUGCGGGAAGCUUUAAUCCGGUGUCUGGAGUUUGGGUAUUCUAUUUGA